CUGGUCGUUGACGCUGUGAGGGGAAGUACGGUGGCCGGCAAGAAGAAACGCGCUGGUAGUGCGGGGAGCUGCAGCCAUGGAGGGGGUCACCGUCGGCCAGGUGUUUGACGCGGAGUGUAUCCUCAGUAAGCGGCCCAGGAAGGGAAAGUUCGAGUACCUGGUGAAGUGGAGAGGAUGGUCCUCCAAGCACAACAGCUGGGAGCCCGAGGAGAACAUUCUGGACCCCCGGCUGCUGGCAGCCUUUCACAAGAGAGAACAGGAGCGCGAGCUUCUGUUUCAGAAGAAGGGAAAGAGGCCGAGAGGACGACCUCGAAAGAUUCAGCCAGCGCCCACCGUCACGAAGGACGACCGCUCCUCGUCCUCCUCUUCCUCUGGCCUGUCAUCAACCGCCUCCUCGUCUUCCUCAGAGGAUGAAGAGCACACAAAGAAGGUGAAGCCCGCCCCCCGCGUCCACCCCGUCCCUCAGAAGAGGCCUCAGAUCCUGCUCGCCAAACCUGACACCCCCCGAAAGAAGAAGCGAGGGAGGAAGCCGCUGCACCCCGACCUGAGGGCUCUAAGGCAGGCAAAGAGCCGCCCUCCCCCGCCGCCUUCUCCACCCGGUCCACGCCACCACCAGCUGCCCAGAGACGAGCCGCGGGCCAGCGUGAAGAAGCCACUGCAGCCGGCCAGCUUCACCUACACUGGCCUGAGCCGGAGCGCCAGAGAGGAGGCCGGCUCCGCCUCCCAGACCUCUUCUGCCUCCUUCUCCCAGGCCUCCAAACCCGGUGGGCUCGGCUGCAUUUGGACCAAUCGCUCGCUCUCAACCUCCUCCCUGUCCUCAAGCUCCACCUCCCAAAACAAAGCCACGCCCACCGCACAGAAUAAGAACUCUCUGUCAGAGCUGAAGCGCUCCGUCCCGGAGAUCGGCAGAGGAGACGGCUUUAAGGUGACGCCUGUGAAGCAGGGCGGAGCCUCUGGGUCGCUGGGACUGCACAGCAGCUUUGGAGGAGGCGCAGUGGUGCAGCGCCCCCUGCUGGCUCAGAGGAGGCAGGAUGGCAGCGGUGGUCAGAGCGGGGUGGCUCCACACAAGCAUCUGAGCACGAGUUUGUCCAAACCGCCAUCGUCAGCAUCGCCGUCGCCCCGAGACAGAGCCAGCCAGGCGCUGAGCCUCCGCGCCCUUAACCUGCAGAGCGUCGGCAAACUGCCGCCCACGAGCGGCCUUCAAGGAAGCAACACUAGCGGGGUGGCGGUAGCUAGAGCGAACCCACGGAGUAGUGGCAGUGGGAUGGUCAUAAAAGGAGGAGCGAAAGAUGCUCGCACUGGAGGCGGAGCUCCAGAGCAGGGCAUGACGAAGGACAAACUGACGGGUGGUGGCGCUGCUCGAGGGAAUAGUGGCGUGAGGCAGGACGGCCGUAAACACGUGCUCGGCUCUCAGAACAGGAACCUGAACGAGCUCAGCACCGGCGACUCCGACGAGACUAGCACCAGCGAGUCAGAGACGGAAGACCCUCUGUUUCCUAGCAACAGCAGACCCAGCCGCGGCAACAACGCCACCGACUCUGACACGGAGACGGACUGGAGGCCGGCGCGGAGCCUCCUGGAACACGUGUUCGUCACAGACGUCACAGCCAACUUCAUCACGGUGACAGUGAAGGAGUCGCCAACCAGCGUGGGCUUCUUCAGCUCCCGGAACCACUGAGCCGGGCGUCUGCUCGCUUCCUAGAACAGCUCAGGGUUCCUACACCUCUCUGGAAAUCCAACACGCAGUCAUUCCCGGCGCCUCCAGGGCGACCCUUCGGUUCCAAGAAACAAAAACACGGUGGAGAGAUCGGAUAGAGCAGGAAGCUCCUGACAGUCGGCAGUAGGAACCCUGACGUUCAGACCCCGUUCACACCUGUGAUCAGUCUGCCGACCUUUAACCUGCAAACCGGUCACCUUCACAGGGUCAGAGGUCAGGCGACUUUCAUACCUUUUUAGACCUUCCUACCUUCCUGUUAGGACGGAAAAUGCAUUAAAAAAAGUCAAUAAAACAAAAUGUUCCCUUCCUCUGAGAUGUAAUACACUACGACUGCCAGGAGGGGGCGCUAAUGUAGGGCUCAGAUUAAGCUCAUAAAUAUUGUGUCGUCGUCUGAUUGACAAACACAGUUUUAAACUGAACUAUGUGAAAAUGUUACUUUUUUGUAUCUAAAGUUGAGAAUUUGUGCUUGUAACGAUAAUUACGAUUAUCUGUCUCAUGACCUCUGACCCCUCUUGCUCAUCCCGUUCUGUUUCUGUUCUGCAGCCAGCGCCCACCGUCACGAAAUGGAAGGGUAAAAUGUAUUACCCUUCCAGGACCUGAAGCUCAGUCAAGCUCCACUCUGACAGCCAAACCAUCUGUUCUCUGAUUGGAUUGUUAAAUUUGUGAUUCACGUGAUAUUGACCAAUCAGCUGAAAGGAAGAAAAUUGGGUCAAAAUUUGUACUUGUAAGUUAAAAGUGACAGAGUGAGGGAGCAGAGAGGUUUACACUUCAGAUCUGUAACCUUAACAAAAAAAAUGUGUAACCUGUGUAAAUAUUUUUUAGACACACAAAUUCUCAUCUACAGAUGCACAAACAUAACGUUUCUUUAGAUAUUUUAGUUUACAAAGUUCUAAAAAGAUUUACGAGCACAGUUUGACUCCACACUAAUGAACCUAACAGCUGAUUGCUGCCAUCGUGGAGGGAAAAGUCUGUAUGUUUGUUUGAACUGCAGGAUCGUCCUCGCAGUUUAAAGUUUCGUCUGUACGGAGCACGCUCAGGUCGAGCAAACAAACAGCUGCUCGUUGUCCGCAUAUAAACACUCCCGCCUCACCUCUGGUUUCUCUCUGUCUUAAACACAGAGAGCGUCAGGUGUUUGUCAGGAAGGUGUUCAGGUAUGAAAGUAGGUCAGGCCGAGGUCCCACGCAGCUGAGACCAAACCAAAGUCAGGAUGAGGCUUUGAUGAUGUCGUAAAUGACACAUUGAUUUCAUUGGCUGGAAGCCCCUCGAAGCUGGCGCAGGCUUCUGCACCCUCUGCUUCUGCUUAGAAAGGAAGUGACGUCCUUCUCGGCGCUUCCUGAUCAACUCAAGCUUCCCCACAGACCAGCCAAAAAACCCUGGAAGACAGAAUUAUUGAUCCGAUUGUUUCUGAGCGACACGCCGCCCACAUCCACAGCUGCUGUCACUGACUGUCACAGCCAGCGGCUCCGAGGCGUGGCUUCCGAGGUGUGAAGCCACGUGAAACCACGCCACUAUGAGUUGGUUUGUUUCUCGUCCGAAAAUCCUUUUUGUUCAGUCGCCCGAUAAAAAGAUGAUGGAAACCGUCCGCUCGGUUUUUCUCACAUCGUUGAAGCGUCUCGGGCCGCGUCACGGAUGCGUUUUGGUGCUACGCCGCUUACAGCACAGUCCGACUACUCUGGCGUCCUUCAGGAGGCUUUGUGUGCUCGCCUCCUCAGGUCUGAUGGGUGUCUAAACGGGGUCUGGACUCACAGGUGGACAGCGCCUCUCCGGUGCCUCAGGUUCCCCCCUCACAGCAGGACUGUUGGACCGCCGCUCGGCAGGAUUAGCUCCAGGAGGACAUUUGUGUUUGUUGGACGUACGUGGCUUCUUCCAGGGCAGCAUGUUUAAAAAAAGAAGUUUCCUCCGUCGUCUUUCAGUUCUCUUUGGACCAAAGCUGUUACGAAUGUGUGUCGUUCUCAGUGUGGUAUCGACAGUGUUUCGUGCACUACGUGCAGUAUAAGCUCAUGAGACAUCCCAUAAUCACUUCUAUAUAUGUACAUAUAUAUAUUUAGCAGUUUUGUACCAUUUGAAACCAUCGCCGUGUCUUUUGGAGGUGAAAUAUGUGUUAAUUUAUAUUUGUAAAUAUGUCUUUCAUGUGAUAUGUAACGAUCUAUGGGUGCUCAUUUUGGCUUUUAGCGUCACGCACCUGUAGCCUGAAAUAAACCGGAAGCACCUGAAACUUCA